AUGUGGACAUAACAUCAAGGUCAAUCGUACAACAGCAACCUUAGAUGGUCCUUGUUCUUGUAUAUAUAUCCAUAAGUGAGUGCUCAUGUUUUUGUCAGUAUACUAGAUGUGUGUAAGCUAUGUGUGUGUUUGCUUUUGUGUGUAUGUACUGUAUGUGUGUGUUCCCUUCUGUGUCUCUCCUAUCCACCCUGCUCAUGCUCCCCACCUUCCCCAUAUGGGCAGAGCAACUGGACCGCAUCGAUGAGGGGAUGGAUCAAAUCAACAAGCAUAUGAAAGAGGCUGAGAAAAACCUAACUGACAUGGCCAAAUGUGGCCUGUGCAUCUGGCCCCGCAUCAAGCUGAAGGACUUUGAGGAGAGUGGGGCCUAUAAGAAGGUGUGGGGGAACAACCAGGAUGGGGUGGUGUCCGGCCAGCCGUCCUCACGCGUGGUGGAUGAGAGAGAGCAGAUGAUCAUGAGCGGAGGCUACAUACGCAAGGUGACAAAUGAUGCACGCGAAGAUGAGAUGGAGGAGAAUCUGGGACAUGUAGGCAGCAUCAUAGGCAACCUGAAGAGCAUGGCACUUGACAUGGGCAAUGAGAUCGACACGCAGAAUGUCCAGAUUGACCGCAUUCAGGGCAAGGCCAUUCACAAUGUCUACCGCAUUGAUGCUGCCAAUCAGAAAGCUAACAAUCUAAUGAAAAGAUAAAGAGGAAGAUUGUCCUUCUCUGCUGUGUGAUCUUAUCUACUCCCUGUCUGUCUUUCUGUGCCAAUAUGCGUCCAGUGACCAUCCAACUACAUAGAAAACCUGCCAAAUGAUUGUGUAUGCCGUAUCAUAAAGCCUGAGCAGCAGGGUACACAUCAUUAUUCAUACCUGGCUCUAGAUUGACCCUAGCCUGUUUGCCAGUCUCUGCCACAUGACGAAGAAGAGUACAAGGAGUGGAAUGCUACCGAGACUUGUACCCAGAUAGCCUGGAGACCACACUGCUGCCAUCUGUUGGCUAGAUUGUUUUCUAAAAACUAGAUGCACAUCCUCUCCGCUCUUUCACCAUCCUCCGCUAUCCUUCCUCCUUCGAUGCAGAAUGGAGCACCAGUGGAAUUGGGUUGCUAUGCUUGUUGUCACCAGGAAGACUAAAGUAAAUAGGAAAGAAUCAACAUUCUGUCUCUGCUUUGCUUUUAACACUUGAAUGAGGUUUGCCUGUCAAUGAUGACUAUAGUUUUUGAAAUGCACUUUAUAGCUCAGUUUUCGUUUUUAUUUAUUUAACUCAACAGUUGCAUGAUGAUAAACACAUUCUCCCAUGUAGGCUGUGUUGAGAUUGUGAACUGGAUUUAACAUCUACAUGUGUCUAGCAAUUGAUAUGUUUUAGUUUUGGUUAGACUAUAUUAGCGCUUCAAUAUAGCUGAUGUCAAACUUGGUUUCCAUCACACAAUUUCCUAAUUGUCAUAACAUCAAGUAGACUCACAUCCCCCUCCCCUGAUGUUGUGGUGUUCAACUAUAUAAUUCAUAUAAUUUUGUAUACAAGAUAAAUAUGGACUUAUAUUGUAAUUCUGUAUAUAAAAUAUUAAAAUGCAUAAUUAUUUAUGUUAACACAGGUAUGUUUUUGUUACAUAGCGAG